UUGUUCAAUUUGUUCAUCUCGAAUCGCUUUCAAAUAUUAAUAAUAAAAAAAAGAAAGAUAAAAUACACAGAAAACUAAGCUGGGUUGAUGAACAAUGGUAAUUGGAUUGGUUUAUCUGAGAUGGCUUAUUAUUAUUGCUAUUGUUCUCUCAACGAUUGCAGGCCGAGUUGUGUCCGUCUCUACUGUCUGCGAACUCGGUGUUAUCGACAACAACAAGCUCUACAACUAUAGCUUGGCCGCUCCUACUCCUGAAUUCCCUCACGGGGUUCUCAGCGAAGAUGGGUUUUACAAAGUGGCAGUGAAUGAGACUAUGGUCUGGUUUCAGCUCUGCGAUGGAAUGAUUUUCAAUCAUGACCCACCUAAGUGCGUUGACUGCUGGGAUUGUGGGGGUCCAUCACGUUGUGGCAUGGAUUGUAGUGCCCUCAUGGCAAACAACAUAGGAGGUUACCAUGCGUGCACCACCAUUGGUCGUGCCUCUAGCACAGACAUUGAAAUCAUUGAUAAAAAGAAUCCCCAUGUUGGUGUCAUUGUCAAGAUGUCCCAUACUGGCCCAAAGCUCAACUGUUCACUCUCUGUGUCUGUUAUUUGUGAUUUAAAUGGUGUUCAGGGACCACAUUCACUUGAGAAAUUAGGAACCUGUCAUUAUGCUACUGUGCUGAGGCAUCCUUCUGGUUGUGCCAAGAUUGUACAAUUUCAUGGUAAAGGGUGGGGUUGGGUUGGCACCUUCAUAAUCAUUAUGUUGUGCCUUCUUGGAGGAUAUCUACUGGCUGGUUCAGUUUAUCGGUCUUUCAUCCUUGGAGUUCGUGGAAUAGAAAUUAUCCCAAACUUGGACUUCUGGACCGGUUUACCUCACAGAACACAGAGUUCAUUUACAUCUUUGAUGCAGAAAUUCAGGGGACCUUCUCAAAGUCACCGGAGCUCCUAUUCUCCUGUCAACUUCUGAUCAUAUACAUUUUCCAUUUAGGAUUCUACUGGAGAAUUCAUCUUGUAUCAUUUCAGCUCUGCCAUGAACAUUCAACACAGGUGCAAAUAGUUCAGUUCUUGGAUAGUUGCCUACAGGCUAAAGGCCACUGGCUUCGAUGGAGUGUAGUUUUUUAGAUCCUAGUAUUGCUUGACAUACCACCGUAGUACAGGUGAUUUUGGUAUCCUUUCCCCCCUGAUGUUUCUCAUCAAUGACAGUCAAUUAUUUUGAUCCCUAAAAGCUGAAUAUAAUAAGUGGUGCUAUUUGUUUUCUGUUUAA